AUGAGUUCAAAGCGAAAAGGACCUCAAAAUCAAAAAGGAGAAACUAGUUCAAAAAAUGAAAGAAUUGCUAUUGUUUCAACUGAUAGAUGUAAACCAAAAAAAUGUAAACAAGAAUGUAGAAAAAGUUGUCCUGUUGUUAAAACUGGUAAAUUAUGUAUAGAAGUUACUCCUGCUUCAAAAAUUGCAUUUAUAUCUGAAAAUUUAUGUAUUGGUUGUGGUAUAUGUGUUAAAAAAUGUCCAUUUGAUGCAAUUACAAUUAUUAAUUUACCAACAAAUUUAGAAGGUGAAACAACUCAUAGAUAUUCAGCAAAUUCAUUUAAAUUACAUAGAUUACCUACUCCAAGACCUGGUCAAGUUUUAGGUUUAGUUGGUACAAAUGGUAUUGGAAAAUCAACUGCAUUAAAAAUUUUAGCUGGUAAACAAAAACCAAAUUUAGGUAGAUAUGAUGAUCCACCAGAUUGGGAGGAAAUUUUAAGACAUUUUAGAGGUUCAGAAUUACAAAAUUAUUUUACAAAAGUAUUGGAAGAUGAUAUUAAAUGUAUUAUUAAACCACAAUAUGUUGAUAAUAUUCCAAGAGCUUUAGCAAAAUCAAAAGUUAAAGAAGUUGGAGCGAUUUUAAAAAGUAAAAAUGAAAGAGAUGAUUCUUUUGAUUAUGUAUUAAGAGUUUUGGAGUUACAACAUGUUUUAAAAAGAGAAGUUGAAAAUUUAUCAGGUGGUGAAUUACAAAGAUUUGCUUUAGGUAUGACCUGUGUUCAAGAUGCAAAUGUUUAUAUGUUUGAUGAACCAUCUUCAUAUUUAGAUGUUAAACAAAGAUUAAGAGCUGCUGAAAUUAUAAGAUCUUUAUUAUCAGCUACUACAUAUAUUAUUUGUGUUGAACAUGAUUUAUCAGUAUUGGAUUAUUUAUCAGAUUUUGUUUGUAUAUUAUAUGGUGCACCAUCAGUUUAUGGUGUUGUUACAUUACCAUCAUCAGUAAGAGAAGGUAUUAAUAUUUUCUUGGAUGGUCACAUACCAACAGAAAAUAUGAGAUUUAGAACAGAAUCUUUACAAUUUAGAUUAGCAGAUGCAGCAGAUGAUUUAAUAUUAGAUAAAUCAAAUGCAUUAGCUUAUCCAACUAUGUCAAAAACUCAAGGUGAUUUCAAAUUAGAUGUUGAAGCUGGUGAUUUUACAAAUUCUGAAAUUUUAGUUAUGAUGGGUGAGAAUGGUACUGGUAAAACAACAUUUUGUAAAUUAUUAGCAGGUGCAAUUUCAGCUGAUAACAAUAAAGAAAUUCCAAAAUUAAAUGUUUCGAUGAAACCACAAAAAAUAGCUCCAAAAUUCACAGGUACUGUAAGACAAUUAUUUUUCAAAAAAAUAAGAGCAUCAUUUUUACAUCCACAAUUUCAAUCUGAUGUUGUUAAACCAUUAAAAAUCGAAGAUAUAGUUGAUCAAGAAGUUCAAACAUUAUCAGGUGGUGAAUUACAAAGAGUUGCUAUUGUAUUAGCAUUAGGUAUUCAAGCAGAUUUAUAUUUAAUUGAUGAACCAUCAGCAUACUUAGAUUCAGAACAACGUAUUAUUUGUUCUAAAGUCAUAAGAAGGUUCAUUUUACAUGCUAAAAAGACUGCCUUUAUAGUUGAGCAUGAUUUUAUCAUGGCAACUUAUUUAGCUGAUAGAGUUAUUGUUUUCGAAGGUAAACCAUCAAGACAUGCAGUUGCAAAAUCUCCAGAAUCUUUAUUAACUGGUUGUAAUAGAUUUUUAAAGAAUUUAAAUGUUACGUUCAGAAGAGAUCCAAAUUCUUAUAGACCAAGAAUUAAUAAAUUAGAUUCACAAAUGGAUAAAGAACAAAAAUUAUCAGGUAAUUAUUUCUUCUUGGAAAAUACUGAAUUAUAA